CCCGGCAGCUGCGUGCGGCUCCGGUGGGGCCGCUGGGAGCCCGAGGGCCGAGACACAAAGGCAGGCGAGAUGCGGGAGCAGCUGGGGCGCGGGCAAAGGGAAAGCGAAAGCCGGGCUCCCCUGCGGUGACGGGGGGAAGGCGCCGCGCUGCUCUCCCGGCGCCCGCAGUACCUGGGCCUGUCCUCGCGGGCCUGCCCGGCCGAGCCCGGCGCGCCGCAGCCAUGGCCAUCGCCCACCUGGCCACGGAGUACGUAUUCUCCGACUUCUUGCUGAAGGAGCCGGCGGAGCCCAAGUUCAAGGGGCUGCGGCUGGAGCUGGCCGUGGACAAGAUGGUCACAUGUAUCGCUGUGGGGCUGCCCUUACUGCUCAUCUCGCUGGCCUUUGCGCAGGAGAUCUCAAUUGGCACGCAAAUCAGCUGCUUCUCCCCAAGUUCUUUCUCGUGGCGCCAGGCCGCCUUCGUGGAUUCUUACUGCUGGGCGGCUGUUCAGCAGAAGGACUCGCUGCACAGCGCUUCUGGAAACCUGCCCCUGUGGCUGCAUAAGUUUUUCCCCUAUAUCCUGUUACUGUUCGCCAUCCUCCUGUACCUGCCCCCUCUGUUCUGGCGUUUCGCAGCUGCUCCUCAUCUUUGCUCAGACUUGAAGUUUAUCAUGGAAGAACUUGACAAAGUUUACAACCGUGCGAUUAAGGCUGCAAAGAGUGCACAGGACCUUGACUUGAGAGACGGAGCCUGCCCAGUUCCGGGUGUUACUGAGAACACAGGGCAAAGUUUGUGGGAGAUAUCUGAAAGCCACUUCAAGUACCCAAUUGUGGAGCAGUACUUGAAGACAAAGAAAAACUCUAAUAACUUAAUCAUCAAGUACAUUAGCUGCCGGCUGCUGACACUUGUCAUUGUACUGUUGGCAUGUGUCUACCUGGGCUAUUACUUCAGCCUCUCCUCGCUCUCGGACGAAUUUGUCUGCAGCAUCAAAUCAGGGAUCCUGCGAAAUGACAGCACUGUCCCCGAUCAGUUUCAGUGCAAGCUCAUCGCCGUUGGCAUCUUCCAGUUGCUCAGCUUCAUUAACCUCAUGGUCUAUGUCCUGCUGGUUCCUGUGGUUGUCUACACGCUGUUCGUUCCAUUCAGACAGAAGACCAACGUCCUCAAAGUGUACGAAAUCCUGCCCACUUUUGAGGUUCUGCGUUUCAAGUCUGAAGGGUACAACGACUUGAGCCUCUACCAUCUUUUCUUGGAGGAGAAUAUAAGUGAGGUCAAGUCCUACAAGUGUCUUAAGGUACUGGAGAAUAUUAAAAGCAGUGGUCAGGGGAUCGACCCACUGCUACUCCUGACUAACCUUGGCACUAUCAAGAUGGAUAUUAUGGAUGGCAAAACUCCCUUGUCUGCGGAGACAGUAGGAGAGGAGCAGGGGGACCCGAUGACAGAGCUCAAAGGUCUGAACAUACCGAGUGAAACUAAAGCAAAUAAUGGAGCGACGAAUGCACGACAGAGACUUCUGGAUUCUUCUUGCUGAUGAUUUUUUUCCUUGAACUUCAAAUCUGUCACUUCUGUGACAUUGGAUUCAUUUUGGCUAAAGCACCCCUGUUGGGGUCACAGCUGAUUUGCAGCACAUGGUUCUCAGUAGAGAUGUGAAGCAUGUCUUGUUGAGUCCCCAAUGAAAGUGUUAUGGAAGAAUGGUUUAUGAACUUCCCAGAAGAAGCGACUCGGAGAUAGGUAACCUGUAGCAAGCAUGUGUGUAAGUCCUCAUCACAUGAAAAGUGCAGAGACUAGGACGCUUAGUCAAGAGAGGUAGCCCUUUGAGAGCCUCGGAGAAACAUCUUUCUGGACCCACGGUGCGAUGAGACCCGGGCUGCUAGAGAGCAAGCACUUUGGGAGAUUUCUUUUAUAUUAUAAAAUAAUAAUAAAUACAUCAGGACAUAAUUUAACAUGAAUCUCUUAUGUGCCCUUAAUGACUGUUGGAUGAGAAAAGCAUUCACCAGCUAACCAACGACCCACAGGUCGACCUGUUCUUGGCAGUGUCCUAAAUUGGGCAUAAACCUGGUGCCUUGGCUCUUGCAAACUCGAGCUCUCUCUACACUUACCUGUCAGCUUGUCUAGUGGGAGUCCCAUCACCACUGUUUGUUGCACUUGGCCCUGAAGGGCAGCAGGCCCAUGCACUGCUCCGACUGAAAACUUAGUGAAGGAGAUGGAAUCUAAAGGAUGUUCACAGUGGCUUCACUUCAGGAAAGAGUGCUUCAAAAAGAGCCCAGCGGGAGAAAUCUGAAUUUACAGAUGUUAAUUCAGUCACUUUCCAAGAAGUUGUCUACAGGGUAUUCCCCUGUUAUCAAAGGCAUUUCAAGCAGGAUUUUCGUUAAACGCAUUAAUGGAACACAGGAAUAUUUAAAGUAAGGGACCCUUUGCCUAACAUGAUAGAGCACAUAAGUGACAUUGGUGUGCUCCGUAUGGUGUGCUUGGAGCCAGAACAACUGAGAAGUUUAUUCUGUUUACAUCUGUAAAAAUACUUUGUCACCAAAGCAUGCGGUUUAAUCAGUAAUUGUUCCUCAAGUUCCUGAAAAUUAUGAAAGUUUCUUAUGCCUUGAGUGCUUUUUUCCCUGCCCACCAGAGGAGAAAAAUCCUUGUGGAAUUCUACAGGGUUACAAAUGUUCCUUACGAAAACUGAAGCCAUCAGCUCCUUUUUAACAAGUUGGCUUUUUAAAAGCACCAUAAUUACAAUUUAAUGGCAUUCUGUAAAGUGGUGCUUUAGGCAUAAUUUAAAUUCUUUUUAAUGACUAAAUUUCUACAAAACUUUUAAAGAAACGCGUGUAUUCUUUUUGCUGUCAUUGUAAGAAUGCUGCCAACAGAUGAAGAAUGACUUUAAAAAUUAAGACCAUCUUGGUUUCAUUUCCACAAAAAUCGGAAGAUGAGAACAAAUCAUAGUGUUCGAAAUGAUCCUUAAAAAGAUACAAGAAUCUUGAAAGCUCUGCAUUUUGGUGGUCAUCACUAUUGUAUUUUAUAUUUCCAUGAAAGUAAGUCACUUAGCCAAGGUCUGCAUUCUGACCAUGCUGACUUUUCAUUUAACAGGGGUGAAAGGCUAAAGAUCAAGGCUACUGUGUCGGUAAAGGUGAAACAAUGUUUUAGUUCUACAGUGUUAUAUCCACCUAAAUAAAACUUCUUUGAGUAAUGAAAAA